AUGUCAGGGCGUCUGCUCCCACCACUCAAUGUAGUAGCUCCUGCUGCCGGCCUACCUAGCAAUAAGGGGGGUAUUCAAUUCGUCAGAGGUGGGGGUAAUGUCUCACUUCCUCCUCCUCCUCCUAGAUCACCAGAGGGAUCUAAUCCAGAAGUAGCUGAUGGAGGCAUCAGACCACAUCGUUGGAGGAGGAUACUCAAUAACAACCCUGCACACAGAGAGGCUCAUGAUAAUGAGGAGGAGGAGGAUGCCACGCUUACCACCAUACGAAGACAGAUGGGAUAUAUACUAGACCGUAUGGAGAGGCAAGAGGAUAGGAUAGAGGCUGUUGCUAUGAAGAUGGACUCUAAUAAUCAGAUUUAUACUCGAUUAUUACGCAAAUUACAGAGUCAAAUCUCAAUAAAUGAACAAGCUCGUGAUGAGUUUACGACAAUGGCUAGGCAGCUAAGGGGGGCUAGUAAGGCCCAAGUAGACCUCCGCACAAGGGUAGCAUCACUAGAGGCAGAAGGGAUGUCCGACCAUAAGGUAGAGGCUAUCGUACACAAGACCAUAACGGAACGUGGCCUGAUGGUGCUGAAUGAGGAGUUACAGGAAGCAUUGGCUGAGGUUAAGGAACAACAGAGUCGAUUGAGUAUAGGCCUAUUGGGUGUAGGCGGCAAGGUGGAUACUAUCACUGAACGAGAUGGAGGUGAUAGUCUAGGGAAGGAGACUGUACUGUCAACAGCGGGCCUUGAUGCGGCAAUGAGUCGUGUAUCUCGGCAGAUAGCAGCAGUACAGGAGGCAUGCUUUUUUGAGGUGGCUAGGCGACAUGAUGACAUACUUCAAUUGAUAUCAUCCAUGGAGACUGAGAUGACGAGUAAGAUCGAUAGUGCUCGAGAUAGGGCAAUAGCCGAGGCUACUAAGGGAAGGGAGGAGGCUAUAAGGAUGAUCCAUGAUGACCUCCUCGGCUUUAUAAAGAGUCUAAUAUCAGAACACGAGCAUCGAAUGGAAGCCUCGGUUAAGGAAGUACGGAAUACGGCAGUAACUGAUGUGGCCGGCAUAAGGAGGUCUUUGAUGGAUCUAGAGAGUAAGACUAACACGGCUAUGGAUGACUCAAGGAAGGCCAUGAGGUCGGCCAAGCAGGCCUCACAUCAGUUGGAGACUCUAGCAAGGGUUAUCGAUGCAGAAGUGCAAGGGAGAGGCAGCUUUGAUGAUAGUGACCGAGCUAGAGUGUUGGAGGCAGACCUCCUCGACAAGAUGGCAGCAUUUGAGGCCACCGUCCUUGAUUCGGUAAAGGGUAUUAGAAAGGAAGUAACCGAAGCCCAGCAAGCCUUGACCGAUGCUAUCACUAAGGAGGCCUCCUCUAGGGCUCAGGAGUGCCAUACUCUUGCCGCCCUAUUGAGGGAUGGUAUUAGGAGGGUAUCCUCCUCACAGGUCACUGAUGUACAUGGAUUACAGAAGGAAGUAGAAUCCAUUAGGAGGAAGGUCCAUAGGAAGGCAGCUAAUGAUGCUGAUCGAGCUGAUAGGCUUAGCAGGUACAUCGAUGAUAAGGUGAAUGGUAUGAUGACGUCCAUGCUGACUAAGGAUGGUGCAUGGGCUAAUACUAUUGAGGAACUCCAACAGAGGAUAGAGGACGUAUCUAUUUGUGGGAAGGAGGCUUUAGAGGAUCUUAAACAGGAGUUGCGGGAGGAGAUGGACUCUUUGGGUAGUGGAGGCCAGCAGAUGGCCAGGGACCUCGUAGCAUCGGAAGCAUCUCGAUUGGAAGGGAUUAUAAGGACCCUAUCGACCCGUAUGGAUCGUCGUGGAGUAGCUGAUGAUAAGAGGUAUGCUGAGUGGCAACGGCAAUGGGAAGGUAGAUGCUCGGGGGUAUUGGAGGCGGUGGCCUGGGAGGCUAACAAGAGGGAGGCUUUCGAUGAUGGGCUGAAGGGUAGGGAAGGGGAGGUGAUGGAGGAGGAGGAUAGAGCUGCUGCCCUCAAGGGCCUUACCACAGACCUCGAUGAUCUCCGCUUGGCUGUGGAUGGUAUGGUUAGGGCCUUCCUAGAGAGUCUUGAUGAACAGGUUACUAUGCGGCUGGAUGCAAGCCUAAAGGGUAGGAGCAUACCUAUAGGGGAUGAGGGGCAGAGGAUGGUGAGUAGUAACAGACUAUCCCUUGGGGCCACUAAGGAAGCAAUGAGUCCUACUGCUGCUGCUGGUGAUGUGAUGGGGGAGGAGGACCUAGCCGUCGGAGGUGGCAAUCGAGAUGGAGUAGGGACCUUACAUACCCCUACCAAGGAUAGGCUAGAGACGAUCAAGGAGACUAUGCUUGGACGAUUGGAGGCUAUGGAGGAGGCUACUAGGAUGUUGAGGGAGGAGGUCUCAGGGAGGUUGGAGGGGAAGGGUGAAUCCACCGAUGAGUCGACUCAAACUACUGAAGACGUAGGCCUCAAGAUGGGUAAGGAUGCUACUACCAUGGCAGAGGGCAUGGAUGGGGUCCUCCAUAUUGAGGAUAGGAGGGAGGAGAUAGCUGCUAGAUGCUCUGCUAUACAUCAACAGCUCCAUCACCUCAUAGCGACGUCGUCGUCGUCGUCUGCUAUUCAUACACGUCAGAUUCAUGAUGAUGAUGCCCUAUGCCAAAAACCUACCUACCAUACUAGUGAUAACACAGCAGAGAAGAGGGAUAAUGAGAGGAGGCAGUCAGUUGGCAUGGAUGCACGCCCUAUAGAGGAGGAGGAGGAGAGGAGGGAGGGAGGGGAUACGAGAGGCUUGGAGAGGAUCAGGACCGAGGACGACGACGACAAUAACGAUGACCCGAUCAUUGAGGGGCCGGCGCUAGCGGCGGGGGAGGCAGCAGCUGAAAGCACCGAGCAGCAGCAACUACUACUACAAGAGGUUAUAGAUGGUAUUCAUAAGGAUAUGGACGAUCAUGUUAGGCAACUACAAGAUGAUAUCAACAAGACUAGGGAAGCCUGUGAGGCUGUAGUAUUGGAAGGGUAUCCCAGCGGUAGUAGCAGGAGGAAACAGCAGUCUAGGCGUGCAUCUCUUACUGGGGCUGUUGCUGCUGAAGGGUUGAAGAGGAUGCUUGACGAUCGUACUGCUACUCUACGGCAGAAGAAUGCCAUAACUACAGAGGAGAUACAACACUUGAGGGAGGAACUUGGUCGUGUAUCAGAGUCUUUAAGGACCUCAUUACAGGAGGAUAGAGAGAGGUUAGUGAUGGAGAUGGAGGAGAGAUAUGCACAUAUCGCGAGGAUGGGUACCACUACAGAGGCAUUCAAAGAAUCAAUGCAGAAGGAAUGGAAUACAGUGAAGGAGGAUCUAUCUACAGUAGUGGCUAAUACGGUGAGAGGGCAUGUUAAAGACAUCGAUAACACUAUCAAUAUCUUCCUAUCUCAACUAGCUGGGAUGGCUGCUCUAGAUAAUAGCUUACCUCUACAAGAGGAGGACGUCAGUGUAGAGGAGUCAAGUUCCUCACCACUACCGCCGCCGCCCUCCUCCACCGAUGUAGUAGCAGCAGUACAUGUUGUUCAUCAUCAUCGAGCUGCUGGCAACUCUGAGGCUAUGGUUCAUGCCAGUACUGACGACCCUCAUGGUUACCAUGAAGAGGACAUUCCACGGGAUAACAUAAUAAAGGAUAGUACUCCCAUGAAAAUGAAGGGAGCAGCAGAGGGUGGUAACGGUAGCAAUGCUACUAAUGCUACACCCGACGAGUAA